GGCAAUAUAGCUUCUUCCUCUCGUUCAUGGCCCUCUGUUCUACGCUGUUUCUCUGACGACCUGCACGUACGUGACUUCUGAUGCCACGGGGAAUCCCCAACGCGAAAAGAGACGAGUCCGCCCUGCGGUACACCUCCUUCCAUGUUCCUCUCGCACCGAAUCCGAAGCACGUUGGCUCGACAUACCUGAAGUCGGAAUCUCAGACGGUAUGGUCCCGGAAUGCGAUACGCGCGCACAGGACGAGGACCGUGUCAGACGAGGCAGGGGCGGCCACUCCUACGGAGACCAGGCGUGGAGCCAAAGUCAUCGUAAUUCAUCCCGGUUCUAGAUUCCUUCGAAUAGGUCGCGCUUCCGACGUGACACCCCUAAGUGUCCCCAAUGUCAUCGCUCGCAGAUAUUCGUCCACAGUUCCCUCUCAAACGUAUGUGGAAGGCAUUUCGCGACCUCGGGAGGACCGCAAACGCUCUACUCCCUCUACGACCGCGCCUCCGGGAGAUGAGUACGCGGUCAAUGUAGCGUCGGACGAUCCUUUCGACGCCAAAGUCGCAGCGAUUACCGUCUCCUUGCGCGACCGGAUGCGGUUUUACAAGUUGCGGGUAACAACGAACUCCGCAAGUAUCGCGACAACAUUCAAUGAACAGUUCAGGCCAGAGAUCAUCCCUGAGGUUAAUGACCCCUACCAUGUGGAUUGGAUACAUUCCUCAGAAGAGCCGUACCUUGUGGGCGAGACAGCCCUUCGUCUUGCCAAUCCAGAGGAGAUGGGAUAUAUCAUGCGAUGGCCAAUUUACGGCGGCAACUUUAACACUCGCGAUUACCCUUCCGCCCAGCUGAUCCUCAGCGACAUUGAAACCAUCUUUCGCGAGUCGCUGAAGUUGAAGGGCAUUGAACCGAGCGCAUAUAAGGAUCAUUCUGUAGUCCUGGUAAUCCCGGACUACUAUGACCGCCUCUACGUUGAGUCGCUCGUUAGGAUUCUGCUAGUCGACAUGGGCUUCAAACAGAUCUGUGCGCAGCAAGAGUCUUUAGCCGCAACCUACGGCGCUGGCAUUUCUAAUGCGUGUGUCGUCGACAUGGGUGCCGUUAAGACAAGCAUCGCCUGCGUAGAUGACGGCUUGGUGAUAGCGGACACUAGGAUGGUACUCAGUAUGGGCGGGAACGACAUAACCGAGUUCCUGUAUGUCUUGCUGGAGAAAAUCGGCUUUCCCUAUCGUGACAUCAACCUUGCUCGUUCGUACGACUGGAAGGUUAUGGAAGACCUCAAGGCGCGACUAUGUACCUUGGCAGAGGGGGAUGUUGCGCUUAACCUCUACGACUUCUCCGUCCGAAGACCCGGCCAUGCCACGGAGAAGUACGGCCUUCGGGCAUAUGACGAGAUCAUUCUUGCUGCUAUGUGCCUGUUUGAGCCUCGCGUGAUCGAGUUCGAGCAGAAGAGAGCUGGAAUGCGUUUCCUCAUGCGUGCCCCGGACAUGGCGGAAGAGAUGGUCGAGCAAAGUGCAGACAAGCUCUCCGAGCGAUAUACUCAAGCGAUGAUGAUAUCCACGCAACACCUAUUCCCUGUAGUCCCUCCCCCCACCACCCUGGAACAGGCACCGUUGCUUGUCACGCCUGCGUUACAGACUCCAGCAACAACUGAAGGUCAGUCGCUUGCCGUGUCUCCCCAACCAGGAGCGAGUGCUUCAGCGACGGCCCCCGUUACUCCGUCUGCUGAAGAAUCCGCUCAGGCAGCCAAGGAGGACCAGGGUGGAGACGUGGAGAUGGGUGACGCGACCGUUGCGGAGUCACGUGGUAAAGACUCGAAGGGCGAAGAAGGCAAGGACGAUGAGACCGAGAAAGACGAGGGUGGAAGUGAAAAGGAGGACGAAAGAAAGGUCAAAUCUGAACCCGAGUCGACCGACAAGCUUCUAGGACCAGACACGGACAAGGAGAAGGCGAAGGAGAAGGAGAAGUCUGCAGCGCCAGACGCCGCCGUGGAAGUCAUCGACGUCGACCAACUGGACGACAAGGCUGCUUCUCAAACUGUCACUGCAACGCAUCCGCCUCCUCCACACAUCCCCACUCAAAUGCCCUUCAGCGCGUUCAACAUCGAUGUAGCUUUCGAGGCAAGCAAGCUUCCCUUGGAUGUCGCGAUCUUCAAUAGUGCGCGAGCAGCGGGAGGAGACGAGAAGAUUCGUAAAUAUCUUCAGGCUGUCUUGGUUAUCGGCGGGACUGCACUAGUGCCUGGAAUGGCUCACGCACUCGAGAGCCGGCUACAAGCAAUAGCAACACCCCUGGUGCCUAACAUGGAGAAAGUGCAGAUCAUACCUCCGCCCAAGGACGUAGAUCCGCGUGUCCUUGCAUGGAAGGGCGCCGCCGUGCUCGGCAAGAUGGAUGGUGUCGCGGACCUCUGGAUCACCGGCGCGGAUUGGGAACUCUUCGGCAUGCGCGCCCUCAAAGAGCGCUGCUUCUACCUUUGAGUGUACCUUUCUUGGUAUUAAGAGUACGGCGAGCUGGAUAGGGCCCCACGUCCGCACCCUUGGGAUCGAUGUGCCGCCUGACAGCCCGGAUCGAUGAAUGUUUGGAUUCAAUGUACGGCUUGACAAUUGAUAUGUCGUGCGCUCGAUGUUUGUCCAGGCCCUAGCAGCGCUCGAGUCGUGUC